AUGUCGUUGUUGUUGUUGCUGCUGUUGUUGUUACUUAGAACAUCUCUCCUCAACUUACUCCUACUUUCACUUCUCCUCCUCAUCUCACUCUUCUCGAUGACGAUCGAAACAAAACCGCGUUCAGUCACGUGCUUCCAGUGUUUCCAGUGGCAGACCAACUGCAAGGUCGCCAACGGUACUGGCAGAGUUUGCUCGGGGAGGAAGUGCGCUGUGCUGAAGUACAAGAUAGGAGGAGAGUCAUUUGUUGAGAGGCAUUGUUUGAAUGAAGAUGCUUGGAGGGAAUGCUCCAACGAAACUUUUAACAACGUCGGUAACAGGAGUGUUGGGUGCAGUUGUUCAACUGACUUCUGUAAUGGUCACUGA